AGAGGAGGAGACAGAAUAUCAGAUUAACACCAAAAUUGACCCGGAGAGUGACACAGAAGGAAUGGAUGAGGACUCUGUGAGUGACCACAGUUAUGAUUCCAGCGCGGAAGAAAUGUUUUUGGAAGGAAAAGAUCCACUUUUAGACCAGGACUCGGAUGAACAAUGGGAACCCACAAUGUCAAGGUGUCCAUCCCCCACUAAUUCAGACGCUGAAGCUGGUUCAUCCAGCAGGACCCCUGCUGUCUCGGGCUCCACACCUUCCCCCGCCCGGCCAUCUAGAGGUGUGAAGAGGCCAGCCCAGAAGCGGAGGAGGGCCAGUGAACCAGCGACAACUACCACUGAGGCAGAGGACCGUUGGCACACUGUGCUAGAAGAUGAUGUGGAGCCACUUCCACCAACAUUUAGACCGAAAAGGCAGCCAGGACCUCAGCUGGACAUGACUGCAAAGUACAGCCCCCUUCAUCUUUUCCAGAUGUUUUUCUCCUUGUCAGUUCUUGAUUCGCUGGUUUCUAACACCAACAAGUAUGGGGCUAAGACACAAGCAGGCAAGAAAGAGGCAUGGAAGCCCAUUUCCAUCCAAGACCUGUACUGUUACAUCUCACUGGUUAUUUACAUGGGGUUUGUGAAGUGUAAAAACCUCAAGGACUACUGGAGAACGUCAACACUCUACCAACUGCCUUUCCCCUCCACUGUCAUGUCUUCUAAAAGGUUUCUGACUAUCUCGCAGGCGCUUCAUAUCAGUGACCCACAAGUUGACGACGACAAUGACAAGAAGAGAGGCACAGCAAGCUUUGAUAGGCUCUGCAAAAUCAAACCACUCUACCCCAGCAUGGUUGAGGCUUGCAAGACCCAUUUUCAACCCAACCAGAACCUGUCCAUAGAUGAGAGGAUGGUAGCCUCAAAGGAUAGAAUUGGCCUCAAACAAUAUAUGUGUAACAAGCCAACAAAGUACAAACUGUUUGUUUUGGACGAUUCUGUGUGUGCCUACACUUUGAAUUUUUUUGUUUACGAGGGGGAAUCCAUCUCAGCCACCGGUAAGGGACUUAGUUAUGAUUCCGUUAUGGAAUUAUUCGAUUUUCAACUGCUGGGGACGGGCUACAAACUGUUUGUGGACAACUUCUACACAAGCCCUACCCUGUUCACAGACCUGAGGAAGCUGAAUGUGUGGGCUUGUGGCACCAUUCGUCCCAACAGAGUGGGUUUUCCCAAAACAAAAGUAAACGACAUGCCUAAGCGGGCUGAUAGGGGUACCAUGCGAUGGAUUCGUAAAGAUGACCUGCUCUUUGUGAAGUGGAUGGAUACCAGAGAGGUGGUCAUGUGCUCCAGUAUCCACAAAUCGUACAGUGGCGAUCACGUCGUCAGGCGUGUGAAGGACGCUAAUGGGGAACAGACCACUAAAAAUGUUCCCAUUCCUGCUGCUGUGAAGGAUUACAACAAGAGCAUGGGAGGUGUGGACCUGUCAGACACUCUGAUAGGCUUCUACAAUGUUCUCCACAAGACAAUGAAUUGGUACAAGACAUUGUUUUAUCAUUUCAUUGACAUUGCUGUGGUGAAUGCAUUCAUCCUUCAUAAGGAAAUGGCUAAGAGCUGUGGACAGACCCCCAUGACACAGCUAGCCUUCAGAAAGCUGCUCAUCCAGGAGCUUGCUGGCUACGGCACAAAUGGUGUUCACAUGGCCAAAUUCAUAACUGCAGGCAUGAAUGUGCCUCCGGGCAAAAAGGCCACAGCAUGGAGGCGUCGUUGUGUUCUUUGUCGCAUGAAGUCCCCCAUCACCUGCACGACUUGUUCGCCUUCAUCACCGCCCCCGGAGUCUCUUCACUGUCUGAUCUUCAGCCCCAUGUUCACAGGAGAGCCCACCUGCACUCAGCUGGUCAUGUGCCUUAACAGGAAAAGGAUAUGA